AUGUCGGCCAGCGCAUACGACCGUCACAUUACCAUCUUUGCCGACAAUGGCCGCCUGUACCAAGUCGAGUACGCCUUUAAGGCCAUCACAGCUGCCAACAUCAUGUCUGUAGGCAUCCGAGGCAAGGACUGUGCCGUUGUCCUCUCACAGAAGAAGGUUCCCGACAAGCUCAUCGACCCUUCUUCCGUCUCCCACAUUUUCCAGAUCUCCCCCUCGGUCGGCUGCGUCAUCACUGGCUCCAUCGCCGAUGCCCGAGUCUUCGCACAAAGAGCCCAGUCAGAAGCUGCAGAGUUCCGAUACAAGUUCGGGUACGAGAUGCCAGCUGAUGUCUUGGCCAAGCGCCUGGCCAACAUCAGCCAGGUCUACACCCAACGGGCUUACAUGAGACCAUACGGUGUCGCCACCACGCUGAUUUCCCUCGACUCUGAGCUUGGACCUCAGCUGUUCAAGUGCGACCCGGCUGGAUACUUCAUUGGAUACAAGGGCACCGCGGCCGGUCCUAAGCAGCAGGAGGCUCUGAAUCACUUGGAAAAGAAACUCCGAAACAAGGACCAUGCUGAGGGUGACUGGGAGGAGGUUGUCGAGCUGGCAAUCACUACCCUCAGCACGGUUCUGAGCAUGGACUUCAAGAAGGGCGAGAUUGAGAUUGGCAUUGUGGGUGGUCCCCGGGCUGACGGAAAGGAGGGAACUGAACCAGGAUUCCGCAAAUUGACCGAGGAGGAGAUCGACGAGAGAUUACAAGCGAUCGCAGAGAAGGAUUAA